GAUAAGCCAAAGGUUUGACGAUAGCGUCCCGAUAGCGAUAUUGAACUGGACUAAUUUCACAUGAGACACGAUGUGGAUACUGUCAGGUGCGACAUGGACAUUUGGCACGGCGAUGACAGCGGGCGGUUUCGGCCCGCUGGUCCAGUUUCCUGCAGAUCAAUAUAUCGUCCAGUGGGCCCAGUCAGCUAAAGGAGCACUAAAACCGUUUUAAGGGAAUUAGGAAGUAAACUAGACAAGCCGAGACCGGGCUUAAUUCCGUUGCACACAACCUUGUCUAUAUCCAACGCAAGACACUAUAGCAAGAAAAUCUUUUUCUCCGAGGAUGGUGGUGGGUUCAAGACCUGCUGACACUAUGUGCCCAUAUAUAAGACAACAUGGCCUUCCUUCACCCUUUGUCAGCAGGUAAGCUGCACCGAUGUGGCUGGAUAGUUCAGCAUGCACGACGACCGCCUGGUGGAAUCAUGGACCUGGUUUGCAAUCACCAGCGUCGUGGUUAUCUGGCGAUAUAUCUCUAGGGGUAUGCUCCUGGGUGGGUUCAAGGGUCUGAUGGUGGAGGAUUAUAUCAUGCUGUUGACUUAUGGCUUGUACACCAACUUCAUUGUCUGGGUUAACAUACAAGCGAAAUACCCCAAAACCAACAUCUUGCCGCCGACAGGAAUGCAGGGCCUUACCGAACAAGACAUUCAGGAUCGCAUCUAUGGAAGCAAAAUUACCUUUGUUCUGGAACAGUCGAUGGUAUUGCUGCAAUGGGGGUGCAAAGCCUGUAUGAUCCUAGUGUACUAUCGACUAACGAUAGGAACAAAGAUGGCUCUGCCAGUCAAGAUCCUGAUGGCUUACAUUGCAAUAAGCUUCAUAAUAGUAGAAGUGUUCUACUACGGGGUCUGGUGUCGACCAUUUUCCAAUUACUUCGUCGUCAAAGCAGACAAUGACCCGCAAUGCGAGAGCGCCCAGCAUCAUCUAAUCAUGUCAUAUGCCUUCAAUCUCUCCUCGGAUCUGGCCAUGCUUUGCAUCCCCAUACCCGUAUUUCUCAGCUUACAAUUACUUUGGAGGAAAAAGCUAGCCCUCCUGUGUGUGUUCAGUCUCGGAAUCUUUGUCGUAGUCGCAGCGACACUGAGCCGAUACUACUGCUUCACGCAUCCGAAUAGUAUCUUGUGGAUUUUCUGGUACGUGCGGGAGGCCAGCGCCGCCGUCAUUGUGACCAACGCCCCUAAUUGCUAUACGCUCCUGCGCCGGCUUCUAAAAGUGCACGGCUUCACGAUCUUCGGCACCUACAUAGCACUUCGUCGGAAACCAACGCAUUCUCCAGAGAGCGGACCGCCGAACGAGCUGGCGCAUCUCUCGGUCGGCCGGUCAAGGAAGCACACUAUAUCGACGGAAAGCACGGAGCACAUCACACGGGAAGACAAGAGUUUGGAAAUUUGGCAGCACACGCAGGUGGCGGUGUACGAGGAUUUCGAGGACGAACCAGGAUCGGCUAUGGAACGAGCCAGGCGAGGAGUCUAUGGGAAUAGGACAGGCUUUGCCUCUUCGACAGUGACAACGGGGCAUAUUGGCUUAUCCGGGCAAAAUUGACGGAUUAUAGAGGCAAAUAAUAAUUAUAUUUCAGCUAAAGUGAUAAUGACACUAGUAAUAUCCUAGGCUCUAGCACAUGAGCCAG